AUGCUGAAGCAGAGCUGUUUCCAGCCAUGGCGGCAGGCCAGGCUCCGAAUCUCUCCCGCCCGCUGCUUCGUCCUCAGCCCUGGGAGACGGCAAUGCCCAGCUCAUGACAAGCCGCCCGGGGAACAAGAGCCUCUUGAGAACCAACUGCAGUUUCCCGAUGCGCCAACAACACGGCACUCGGAUCUGGCCUCCUUUCUGGACCAUACGCGGCGCACCGGUCUCGACGAGAAAUCAACCGUCUAUGUCGGCACCCACUACGAGUACACCGUCGCCGACGCCCUGUCGAGGCACGGCUUCUUCCUCAAGCGCAUCGGCGGAGCGUCAGACUACGGCACCGACCUCAUUGGCACCUGGACGCUCCCCUCCCUCGACCAUCCCAUGAGGGUGCUCCUCCAGUGCAAGGCCGGCGUGCAGCGCGUCGGCCCUCAGCAUGUGCGGGAGCUCGAGGGCGCUUUCAUCGGGGCUCCCGUCGGCUGGCGAGGCGACGGCGUGCUGGGCGUGCUGGUGAGUGAGCGGGCCGCGACAAAAGGCGUCAGGGACUCGCUCUGUAGGAGUAGGUGGCCCAUGGCGUUUGCGUGUUGCUCCAGGACCGGCGCCCUAACCCAGAUGCUGUGGAACCGGCGCGCUGAGGAGCAGGGCCUUGAGGGAUUUGGCGUCACCGUCAAGCAUGCCCAGGAUCAAGCUCCGGAAUUGGUCUUAACGCGUGACGGCAAGGUUGUGGCAUGA